GUUGUGUAUAUAAAUGGUUGAGUCCAAUAGCUCAUUCUUCAUCCAAGAAAACCACAGUCUUUCAUCAAUGGAGGAAACCCUUUCUGCCCUAAUUCCCAAUUCCUUCAAAUCCACCCUCUCCAACUCUUCACCAUCAUCCUCCACAGAACAAGAUUCAUCUACUGUAACCACCCACGACGACGAUGAACACGACGAUACAGUUCUUAACAGCCAUUCAUCAAUAAUCCCAAAAUCCCCAAUUCCCAAUUUCUGCAUUGCAUCUUUCAAAACCCUAACCCUAAUCCCUCAAAUCACCUGCCUGGCUGUUCAUAACCACACUCUCUACGCAGCCUCCACCGACGAAAUCAAUGUCUUUGAUCUACACACAUUCUCCCUCCUCGACAAAUUCGGGUCGGGUUGGGCCCGAUCCAUUGCCUUCGCUGGCCGGAGAAUCUUCACCGCUCAUCAAGACUGUAAAAUUAGGGUUUGGCAGGAAGUGAUCAAAUCGACGACAACCUCUCGCCGGAAAAAGCACCGCCUGAUCGCAACUCUCCCGAUGUUCAAAGACCGAUUCGUCAAAUCAAUGUUCGCGAAGAAUUACGUGCAGGUCCGGCGCCAUGGCCGGAAAAAGCUCUGGACUCAGCAUUCCGACGCCGUGUCGGCAUUGGCAGUUAGCAGCGAUCAAGAACUAAUGUAUUCAGCUUCAUGGGAUCGGAGCUUCAAGGCCUGGAAAAUAUCGUCAUCCAGCAGCGAAAUACGUUGCCGGGAGUCAAUCAGGGCGGCCCACGCCGACGCCGUGAACGCCAUCGCCGCCGGCGACGGGAUAGUCUACACGGGCUCAGCCGACGGGGAGAUAAAGGCCUGGAAGCGAUCGGAGGACGGAAACAGGCACGAAUUGAUAGCAACGGUGGCGAAACACAAAUCCAGCGUCAAUUCGCUGACGGUGGCGGCGGACGGGGCGGCAGUAUGCUCCGGCGGCGGCGAUUGCGUGGUGAUUCAAUGGCGGUGGGAGAAGAUUAAUGGGAAACGUGCCAUGGAGGUUUGGAGGGUUUUGAGAGGGCACAGAGGGGCUGUUUUGAGUCUGGUGAGUGUGGGGAAAGUGUUGAUCAGUGGGGGAGGAGAUGGGGAGGUGAGAAUUUGGAAAAAUGGUGGGUGUUUGGGGGUGUUGGGAGGGCAUUCGAGGCCUGUAAAAGCUCUGGUGGGGAUGAGCGAGAAGAAGGAGAUGAAGAAGACGACAUUGACAGUGGUUAGUGGAAGCUUGGAUGGGGAAAUCAAGGCCUGGAAAUUAUUGAUUGAUUAUUGAUUAUAGGUUAACAUAUAGCCAUUGAUUUGAUUUGAUCAUUGCAUGUGAU